UGCCCGUCUGAGACCAACUACAAUCCAACUCGACCUACAACCGCAGCGUAGUCAUCAUGGUUUCUAGUGCAAGGAGCAAGUUCAUGCGUCACUGGUUUGCCAUCGAGGCCAUUCCACUUUAUGCUGUUAUGGGUCUGGCCGUAGGUGGCGCAACGUGGUAUCUAACCCGCCUUGCUCGUGGGCCAACCGUCGUCUGGACGAAGAGCAACCCCACUCCUUGGAACGACGUCAAACCGGACGAAAACGUAAAGAUGUUGGACGUGAACAACAGGUUUGCCAAGAGCUGGUCGCGAGACAAGCUAUAAACAUCCCAAGCUACAGGAAGGAACUGACAGUUCAUUUGCCUUGCUGCUGUUUCCCUUUACUGUUCAAUAACAUGGAUACAUCUCCUUUCUUUUCACCGAUCGCUUCCGUGUGAUCGGACGUUUUCUUCGGCGCCCCACAGGGGCGACAGACGACAGUAGUGACAGUAUUUAUAUUAUUGCUUGAGUGGGU